AUGUUAAAGGCACCCAGCUGCUCUCUCCUCACCUGCUUCUCCCGCGUCUCGCAGCUCAAAGGUCCCCUUCUCAUCGACGCUCACCGGGUUUCAGUCAUCCAGUGCAAAACCGAAUCGACCAUGGAUAUCUAUUCGAAUCCACAGUUCAACUCCCUCGUCCCCUUGCCGGAUGUCCUUGCCAACUUGACCUUUCAGGAGAUUGCCCUCAACGUCCCUAACUGUACCUGCGCUCCGGUUGCCAACUUCCUUGGCUACCUCGAAGGUAGCUUCGCUUUAGAGACAUUGGUGGAUCCGAGCGAUAUGCCAGUUUCAAAACUCAGUACUCUCGUGAGAAAUUGUACCACGCCUGGGCUUCUAGACGACGUCUCCAACGGCCAGAUCAUUGACUGGUUCUUCGAUCGCUUUCAGAACCAGCAAGGCGACUUUAUGUGGCUGUAUGUCCCGGUCAUUGGUAUAUGCUUCCACGAUUAUUGCAAUGCCCUAAAGUGGGAAGGCAAUCCUGAUAUAUCCGGUAUUGGGGUAAACGUUGCCUUUUUCAUCCAGGCAGCCCUUACCUCAGUCUUUUUACUCAUCUAUCUCGGAUUUUACAUUGCCGAGACACAUCACGCUCGAAAACAUCCGGGACUGGCCAACCAGAAGAUAGCUUCAUCGUGGCGCAAAGCAUCCGAUGAUUGCCUCGAAGUCUUCUGGUCAACCUGUUACGUCUUCGCCUUAACCCUAGCUGUAGGCACCCUUUGCUUCAACGUUAUCUACGAUUCGCCUGGUCACGUUUACUCGGGCUACUUUGGAUAUCUUGGUACCAUCCUCUCCGUAUCCGUCCUUAUAUGUCUGUGGCCCUGGUUUCCCGGACGAUAUCGGUACCCGGUCCUCACCUUUUCGGGCGUGUGUGUGCUGUUGGGCCUCGUGAUUGGGGUUAGUAUGACCUUUCUUAAAGAGGUGAGUUCUGACGACAAGACGGUUUUCGAAAAAGCCUGUCUAGAAAGCAAACAAAGGAUGGGCAGCGUGAAAGAUUUGAAGGAAGACGAAAACGUGUUUAUGCAGCCCACGAAAUCCACAACCUACGUACAAAACUUCGUCAGGUAUACCCCUUGGGCGACCGUGGCACUUCUUGCUCUCUGGGGCGGCGCGUUCUUCUUCACUCUUCUGUGGAGACGGAGAAACAAGAUCACCAAUUGGAGUUUGUACAAGAUGAUCACCGGGAUCCUAGGCGGCCUUCUCGUCCUCGGCUCAUUUGGCCUGGUUUGGGUCGCUCUCAGCUUUUUCUUUUACCUUCGAGUCAGGGUCGAGGAUCUCGCGGGCCCGUCAUACGCCGAGAACGAAUGGGGGUUUGGUCAAAUCGUCGCCAUCGCCGCAUGGCUCCCACUGUUUGGUCAGAUCGGCAUGGUUGUCUUUCGCACACUAUCGAAAGACACCAAAUACCAGAAGUUGUUUAACCCUGCCCCGGAGAGCGAGAGAUAUUCGCAUCACCUGUUGCCUCAAACCCCAACCUUCGAACAACCUCAACGUCAUGGAUCAGACAUGGAGAAGGAACCUGUCACUACUGUGGCUCAGCAAGAUAUCACGGAUGCCGCCUGGCAGCGGUGA